ACCUGAGAGCCUACAGUCAGGGAGAAAAGCUCACAAGAUCGUGAACUGUUUGUUGUCACAGUAAUUCAGGGUGCUUAAGCUGUUGACAAGCAACAUACUUUAGCUAGCAAACUAGUUAACGUUAGUAGAUCACAGUAGAUAAAUAUGUAGGUUGACCUGCCUUGGAAUAUAAUGGUAAGAGACAAAACAGUUAGCUUCUAAUAGAAACAAAGCUAUGUCAAGUCACAACCUCCCUCCGGUGCGGCAUUUGCCACAAUGGAGCCGAGUUGGGCGCCUGGAGAAGCCUUGCUCUCCUCGGCGUUUACCGGCGAAACAACUGCAGCCGCUACCUGUGGCCCCGCUGGCGGACAGAGGAGUGUGGAGAGCAGCGGAGGUGUCCUGUCACAGCAGCGACAUGGACCCCCGCGUCGCAUCAAUGCAGAGGAAUAUCCAGUUCCUCCAGCAACAACACAAGGAAACUCUUGAGAAGCUCCAUGCAGAGAUAGAGUAUCUCAGACGGGAGAAUAAAGAGUUGCAGUAUAAGAUGAUAAUGGAGCCUCCCAAGUCAAGUCGGAAAGGAGUGACACACAGUCGACGAGGCAUUAGACCACCCACUCAGGGAGGUGAAGCCCGUACGGGACUUUACCUGGAGGAGCCACUGCAGGACUUGCGACCCUCCCAGGACCAAGCACUAAGCACUGGAGAGGGCAACGACAUUCUGGGAUGUGUGAGGCAGGACCAUGGGCCGGAGGUGAAAGGAGGCCUCAUCACUUCAUUACAGCCGCUACGAAUUCACAGCCAUCCCUCCCACCCACCGCGCGCUCCCACACUACAGGAGUGCGAGGUCAUCAUUCGACAGCUCUACAAUGCUAACAGCUUACAGUCUCAGGAAAUUAUACGUGUGAAGGCACUGCUGAGAGAUAUUGUUUUGAGCAAGAAAAUCACCCCAGAAAACCACAUUCUGACCAAGGCCUACCUUGUUGAUGGUACUCGCAAAUCUUCAGAGGAACAGAAAUUUCCCAAACUUGGUCUUCAAACAUUUCCAGAAAAAGCUUCUGGACCCUCUCAGUCUGGGGUAGUUCUCCCAGCCCUCAAACAGAGCCUCAGCUCCACUAUUGCAGAGAGACAGAGGAGAACCCGUGCUGUGCAGAGAGACCGCUUCAAAAGGACAGUGCAGUGACGGGAUCAAAACCACCACAGCGUCAGCUUCAUCCGUCCCAGAACAGGGGCUUUUCACAGUUCUGAGGUGGAACUUAGUCACAAAAACUGAGUGUACAGUCAUGGAUAUCCAUGAGGUAUUUAUGACUAUAAUGAGUACUGAAAUACUCAUGAAGGACAGAUGAUAUGAAAAGUUUUUAAAAUGUUAUCGUUUAUUUUAUCUUUGCACUAAAAAGAAGACAAAAGAAUGUCUCAAAUCUAGCAUUGUACUGUGAAUGGUAAAUGUCUUUAUCUAUUUUUUACCAAACAAUGUAUUUUAGGAAACUUUAACCAUUAAAGUUCAACAUCUCUAAUUUAACACUGGCUGCUUAUUUUCACCAAACUAAGAUUUAAGUGAGUUUAGUUAACACUGCACAUUUGUUGUAAUUCUGCCAAAAUGAGGAGGGAAUUAUUGUUCAUUUAACUAUAGAGAAUUAACUACAUGUCACUUAUAGAACCAAGUAUUCUAAACUGUUAUCAAUGCAAAGAACCAAAGAGAGAAGAAAUGACCAGGCUUAUUUCUCAGGCACUUUUUGUAUUGGUUGGUAUUUAAACUGUAUGGAGCAGUGUCAUGCUUUAACUGGACAGUGUGUUUCCAGCUAUGCACCUACAGUACAACUAAGCACAGCAAUACAAAACUAUUAAACUGUCUUAACACAGAAU